AUGGAAGAGGAGAUGACUGUCAACAAGACCGACGUUUUAGAUGACAUCCACCCCUGCUACACAUUAGAUAAUACAACUUACAUAUUUGCAAGUCAUCCUUCAGUUGCGUGCCUUGCUUUGUAUGUUUUUCUUGGCUUUUUGUCACUCUGCACCGUAUGCGGGAACCUUCUCGUAAUAAUCGCCGUAGUUUGUUUCCGACAGCUACACAGCCCGACUAACUACCUCAUUCUGUCUUUAGCUGUGGCCGACCUGCUCGUCGGGAUUCUAGUUUUUCCUUUCAGUAUGUCUUUCACCGUGUUCUCCUGCUGGCAUCACGAAGGCCUGUUGUGUAAAAUACGAGGUACUUUUGACGUCACGCUGAGCACGGCGUCCAUUCUGAACCUGUGCUGCAUUUCUGUCGACAGAUACCACGCAGUGUGCCAGCCCCUGACGUACAGGAGCAAAAUCAGCCACCGUGUUGUUGGUGCUAUGGUCAUGUUAAGCUGGGGGCUUUCUGCACUGAUAGGGAUCGGAGUCACGGUUGCGGGAUUUAAUCAAGGCAAAUGUGAAGGCAGCUGUUUAAUGGACGCAUUGAUAUCAACCACUCUUGCGUGCAUAUUUUCCUUUUACAUUCCAGUCAUCAUCAUGCUCAGCAUCUACUUGAGAAUAUUUCUCGUGGCACAGAGGCAAGUACGCGUCAUCCACAACUCAAAACCAGGAGGCGUCAGUAAGAUGGAGAGGAAGGCGACCAAAACAUUGGCUACAGUGAUGGGAGUUUUUAUUCUAUGUUGGACGCCGUACUUUGUUUGUAUCAUCUUUCAGCCUUUCACUUUUCGUAUCACGCCCGUUGCUGUGAUAGAGACACUAAACUGGCUGACCCUCUCCAAUUCCAUGCUUAACCCCUUCAUCUAUGCUUUCUUUUACAGCUGGUUUAGAACAGCUUUUAAACUCAUCAUGACCGGGAAAAUAUUUCAGGCCAGUUUUGCUAACACCAAACUCUUUUAA